AUGUACAGAAUAGACGUUUCAGAUUUUUAUGACUUCCAAGCCUUCAGAAAUAUGUGUCCAUUUAGAGACUAUAACAAAGCAGUCGAGAAUUUGAAACGUUUAGUCAUUUAUGUCGACUCUGCCCCAGAAUGUUAUGUCAUGAAAGAAUGGGAUGUAGUCUUUAACAAACCUAAAGCGACAAUAGUUUCAGAACAAGAAUGUAAACAGAAACUUAAGAAAAUAAAAGUCGUACAAGUUGGUAUGAAGAUGUUAGAUGCUUGGGAUAUCUUAUUGUCAAAACUUGAAGAUUUUUCAGUUCGUGGUAUAAAGUUCUAUACACCUUCUCCAAACUUCUAUUCUAUCUUCACUGGAUAUAAAUACGAACAAGUAGAAUGGAAAGAAAAUGUUAUAGAAGCUUGGUUAGACCAUGUCAAAGAAAUUAUAUGCAAUGGAAACGAAAGAGUCUAUGAGUAUAUCUUAUGUUGGUUUGCAAACAUCUUACAACAUCCAAGUGCUAAAAAUGAAACUGCUCUCAUCAUAAUAGGAAAACAAGGAACAG